AUUUCGUGCUAUAAACGGUCCUCCCAAGCGUCACAGUUUGUCGUGUGCCAAUUUGUUCAAUUGUUCAAUUUUCAAUUCAACGAAAUCCUUUCGUCCUUUUUCUCGCGUCGUGUGUUUAUCACUGUGCUCAAUUUUUGCAAACAUGAAGUACUUUGUUGCCAUCGCUCUGCUCUUCGCUGCCGCCCAGGCUGUGCCCAUUGAGCUGGGUCACUAUGCCCCAUCGCUGGUGCAGGUGCAUCAUGCACCAGUGCUCGCCCAUGCUGUGCAUGCGGAGCCUGUGGCCUAUCCCAAAUACUCCUUCAACUAUGGCAUCAAGGAUCCCCACACCGGUGACAUCAAGUCUCAGGCUGAGGAGCGUGAUGGUGAUGUUGUGAAGGGCCAAUACUCGCUGGUCGAGCCCGAUGGCUCUGUGCGCACCGUUGACUACACCGCCGAUGACCACAAUGGCUUCAAUGCCGUCGUCCACAAGACCGCGCCCAAGAUCAUCGCCCAUGCACCAGUUGUGCACGCUCCCGUCCUCGCUCACGCCCCUCUGCUGCAUCAUUAUUAAAUCGCGUUGAGAUUGCCCCCGAGUCAUAAAGGUGCUCUCUCACAACAAUCAAACAACCGGAAGAAGAACAAACAUGAAUUUCAAACAAAUGCAAUAUAGGAAUAACAGGCAGAUAAGACAUUGAUCCAUUGAAAAGAAAUCGUUAAACAAAAUGCAUGUACAUUUUUUUGUAAGUAAGUAAAAUUUAGCUAAGAAAGUUUUAGUAGAACACGGGCACCAUUAGUGGGUGCCCGGCACCCGGCUGAUCUGGCAUGGCAUGGACGAAGGAAAUACGAACAAAACAACAAAAACAAAAAACGAAAAAAACGCUAAACACAAAAGUAACAUAUCAAUGGCAUGGCAUAAGCAAUGACUUGAUCUUGAUCAUAGUUGAUGUCGAUGAUGAUGAAGAAGGUGAACGAUAAUCAAUGCUAAAGCGUAAGCUGAACUAAGGAAGAAUCAAGUAAUUACCCGAGCACAAAACUGUUCCAUGAUUUGUUGAGCCCAGAGCCAAAGGCAUCGCUAAGAACUUUCACCCUACUCCAAUACUCUCUCUCUUUCUACUCUACCUCUGCAAAGUUUCAAUUUCAUUUGCUCAACUUUUGUAAUAUAUAUUUAUGCAACUCUCUAAGCUAGCGAUGCCAUUAAACUGUGCCCCAGCCCAAGAACAGCUUCGCUCAAGAAAAUCGGAAGCAUUUUGUGCCAUUUUAGUUGGCGCACAGUUUGGCGAGCAUUGGGCGAGCAACAAAUCAAAGCGAUCACAAAACUGUGGAGCGCAUCGGAGGACCGUUUCAAUUACGUUUUCAAGCAUUUUAUCGUGAACUAUUCUCAGUCAGACAAAGUCACUCAACUGUUUCACUCACUCUCUAACUAUCUCUCUGUGUUCUCUCUCAACACACAAACAUAUCAACUGUCACACUCAUUGAUUCACACUCAACUGACAUAUAAUACUCUAUAUUAUAUUACGAUCUAUCUCACUCGAACUUGAACUUCAAAACUCAAACUCAUUCUCAGUCUGACACUUUUGUAUCUAGUUUCAUUUUUGCAUUUAGAGUAUUCUUCACAAUUUGUGUGUAUUGUAUAUUUAUAUAAACAAUUAUGCCGCUUAAUUAUAAUAUCAAAAUAUAUUAUGUAUAUAAAUGUUAAUGAAAAACCACAAAAAAAAAACAACUUGUCUCCGUAAAAAACAACAAGAAAAUGUAAAAACAAAACACACUCUCACAUGUCUCUCACACUCAUAAGUUCAUUGAGUAAUUUUUUUAGAAAUUCUUUAAAAAACAUUUGUGAAAAGCAAAAUGCACGACAACGAAAACCACAGCAAACGAAAUGCAAUGCAGAAUGUUAUUAUCGAAUUAUGAAAAAUGUA